UCUGUGACGUCGUAACCGAAAAGAAAGAACAACAGGAAAGAGACAACUGCGUAUCACUGCGACUGAAAACUGCAAAACACAACGCUCGUCCUUUGCUGUUGUCAUUUUUCAACACUAAUUGACAAAGGAAAUCGAGGAUUAAGGCUUUUAUAAGCCUUGGAAUUCUCCUCAAGUUCUGAUUCAAUUGCUGGGAUGCAUAAUUUCCCUCUAAAUUUUAGCUUGUUUAAUGGCAGGUAUUGGAAAUUUCACAGUAAAAAGGAAGAGAUAUUUAUUAGACAUAGAAGUACAAUAAGCAACCGGCGAAGAUUACUUACGUGGUCGUAAAAAUCUGCAAAGGGUAAAAAUCACUUUUUUUUUUUUUGUUUUGUUUUUUUUUGGUGCGCUUUUUAAGGUAAUAGAGAGGCGUUUAUUUUCGAAAUUGAGGUAUUUAAAAGGGGCAUCUGAAGGAAACAUCGAGGUUAGAGGUUGGUCAGUAUUGACCCAGUAUUCUUACUGAUUAUUCUCAUUUUGCUUCUGAGCGUUGUUUUAGUUUGAUUUAACAGCACAAUAACAGACCGAUGCUUGUUUAUCGUAGUGAUUGACAUCUAGUGGUAAUAAAGUGUCAUUGCAGUGCUGUCAAAACUGUAAAAUACAGUAAAAUAAACCAUGAAGCUCCUGGAGAAUUCAAGUUUUGAGGCCAUAAACAGUCAGCUCACAAUUGAGACGGGAGACUGUAAAAUAUUUGGACGUAUUGAGAGUUAUUCCUGUAAAAUGGCAGGGGACGACAAGCAGAUGUUUAAGCUGUUUUGUCAGGAGGGACAGCCACAUGUACUGGAGGCUCUCUCUCCUCCGCAGAGCUCUGGAAUCAGUCCCAAACUGAGUCAAAGUUUGGAUGAUGGAGAGGGUCCUCUCUCUGACAAGUGCAGCAGAAAGACGCUCUUUUACCUGAUCGCCACUCUCAACGAGUCCUUCCGGCCGGACUACGACUUCAGUCGCACCAAAGGCCAUGAUUUCAGCAAAGAGCCCAGUGUAAAUUGGGUGUUUAAUGCAGUGAACAGUAGUUUGUCUGCUGCAGCUGGUGAGGCAUAUAGUCACUUGCAACCUCAGUUAUGGGAGGCUGUAGACAAGGAGAUUAGCCUUGCUGAAUGUGAUAUAUACAGUUACAAUCCAGACCUGGAUUCAGACCCAUAUGGGGAAGAAGGAAGCCUUUGGUCCUUCAACUACUUCUUUUAUAACAAAAGACUGAAAAGGAUUGUGUUCUUCACAUGCCGUUCUGUCAGUCUUUUCAUGGCUCCCCGAGACUCUGGUAUCGGCACAGAACUGGAUCUGGAGCUGGAUGAGUGCAGCUAUGAAGAAGAGGAAGAGGGGAACAUGGAUGAAGAGAGGUAUGGUGCACUGUGUGCCUGAUAAUGGAAGCCCUCCUCCCUGUCCCCUGAAGCCAGUCACCUCUUGCCUGAGUUUUAAUGCCUUUUAGCGUUUUCUGUUUUCCUUGUUCUUUUUUAUAUUGUUGGUAAUUUUUUUUACAAAUGGAGAGGUGUUGUAAUCCAGAGAUUUUGAAGUACUAUGCCCUGCAAUUUAACAUUUGCCAUUACUUUUUGUCACAUGACUGUGUGUGCGUGCGUGUGUGUGUGUGUUUUGCAUUGUUUCGAUUGAGAUUCUCCUCUGACAUUUUCCUCAUUAGCCUUGGAGGGAACAAAAAUGAAAUGUGUUUUUACAAUUGUUUUUUAUUGUUGUUGUUUCCAAAGCGGUCUUUCUUUUCUCUCUGUUUUUCCAAACCUAAUUUAUUUAUUGAUUUGAAUCAUUGCCAGUGGUUUAACAACUCCAUAAAAGUCACUUGAGUAUUUCCACUAGGUGGCGCCUUUGAACCUAAAGAAAUAAUUCACCAUAAUUUUCUUUUUUCUCUCUCUCCGGGGUUACUCUUCAGGUGUGUAUUCAGUUUUCAGUGGGUUUUUUUAUUUGGUUUGGCACCAAAUUUGCAAGGCAUUUUCAGCAUUAAACAAAGUUUGAGAAAUUGGAAAUUGAGUUUCCAUAUGUUUCAGGCCAACACAUGCUCACAGCAAAGCAACUCUAUUUCCAGUCUAUUUUGAAUCUUUUGUGAUGGAUAUUACUAUUUACAGGUCAGACGGUUUCCCUAAUUUAGAUUGUUUCGCUAUUAAUGUGUAAUAUAGUGUUGUAUGUCGUAAAACAUUUUCCUGCUCGUAAUCAGUGUAAACAUCACUCGAUACAUUCACUGAGAGAAGUGCAUUGACCCAGCUACAAUCCGUUAUCAUAGAUCAACUCCCCAUUUUAGUUUCACCACAAAGCUAACAGAUAUAUGAAAAGAAAGAGAUAAGAUUGCCAUUAUGAACAUAGAUCAGUUAAGUCUUGUUACUGAUUUUUUAGUGAGUGGGUUUUUUCAUGACUUCUGAGGUGUAUAACGUGAAGUAAACAUUGCAACUCAGCUUUCUUUCACUUGGACAUGUUAGUUUGAAGGACAAAAUAUCCCUUCCUUUGCUUGUUUUUAUAGCAGUAGUCCCAACAUGGUGCUGUGGAAAGAUAUUAGAUGUGAUCAAAUUAACUUUGAGAAGGGGUGUCAAUGAAAAUUGCAUUAUAUUGCUAAACUGUUACAUUUCAUUUUGUUUAUAAAGCUUGAUGUAAAAAUCAGAGCACUUUGAUAUACUACAGAGUGUUUAAGUAUCAAUAUAACAGCAGGAUAUGCACUUGCAGUAUCUUCAGUAUUUCAUUUUGGAAUAUAGUCCCUCAUAAGAGGGGAGUUCACAACACGUCACAAGAAUGAAUCCAACUGGAUGCUGAUUCAAGCAUCAACACUGUUAAUGAUUCGUAAGCAUUUCCUUCUUGACAGCUUAGAGAGCCUUUUCUUUAUUUUCAAAAUGCUAUGUUAAAUACACAUCUGCUGACUUGAUGUCCAUAGUUAUUUUACUCUUGAAAAAUAUAUAUAUAUAUAGAUAUACACUGCUGUGUUGACAUUUCUGUGCUAGUCAUUUAGAAUGUAUACAUAAAUAUGUAAAUCUUUU